AUGUUCCGGUCAAGGGUACCCGGAUACAGAGAAGGGUUGAAUGUCUACCAAACGUUUACAUGUCCACGGACGGACUCGGCAUGGACGUCGGCGUCCCUGAGGAUGAACUGUAAUGUUGGAGGCGACCAGCCGUUUAACCAUUAUUACUGUAUCCCUAGUGCCGAGAGAACCAAUCUUGUAGAGUUUUGUUACGACAGAGCUAGUAUGAAGACAGAGAAAGGUAAUUGCUGGGAAUUAGGUGGAAUGGGGUACCUAAACCAAGUCAACUGUACGAACUUUGUCAAAGGAUGCCCAGACUACACGUAUUUGAGCGAACACGUUUAUAAGAUUCCAGCUUGUCUAGAUUUGAAUUUUUCUGAACGAUGUUUCACCGAGGAGCCUGGCUGCACAGUUUUGAGAAAUUCAACGAACGCUCUGGCAAGCAAUCAGACCAAUGCAGUCACCUCUCUUCAUCUUGGUCUUGUUGCGUUGAUUACCUGUGUUCUAACUGUCGUAAUACUUCUAUUAGUGGUAUAUUGGACCAAACAUAAACGCCCUGGAUUAUGUUCAGAGAGAAAUGGAAAAAACGAAAAUGGAAGCGGAAAAACAACCGUUUCUGAGAAAAAAGGGUUAUUGAUGCAGAUGGAAGCCGAAAUGCCCGGAGAAAACACAGUUGUCCAAAGGGGCGAUCACCAUACCCAUUCACAUACAACCAAUGUCGACUGCGAAGAUCGAACUCGGGCCGAAGCGGCGAUAAGCCCGGCUGUUGGCCCCUCAAACCCUAAGAAAAAUGAAGUAAUCGAAAGACCAAAUUAUACUAGAAGUAUAUCAGUUGCUGUAUCGGAUCAAGACAUUAGACCUUUUGAUAUAAAGGGCCACAUUUCCCAUUUGUACUUGAGUGCUUCAACAGGCAAAAUCUGGGCAAGCAAUGACCGUGGUGACCUUGGACUCAUCGAUUCUAGUGGUAAUACUAUACGGUCAACCAAAACUUGUUCCACUUAUUCCGGACAUUUUGCCAUAGAAACCGUCAAUAAUGAAGAACAUAUUUAUUGGGUUCAUAAUGAAAACAAGCUUGUUAAGAGAGACGAUAAGAAAGAACAUGGAACUGCUUCCUGGGAACCAAUAAGUAUUUUGAUCUCGGAUGAAAAUACAUGUAAUUUUUUCUUCGUUGGAAAAGCAAUGGGUGAUGAUGCAAAGGUUACAAAGUAUGAUAAAGAUUGGAAUAAAGUUUGUGAUAUUCAUAAACAUAGGGAAAAUAGAGCAAACAGAAAUUUCUUUCAGUAUCCUGCAUACUUGGCAAAAAAUAUCAAUGGCGAUUUAUGUGUUUCAGACAACAACCAAUGCAUUAUUGUUGUUAAAGACAAUAAAUUACGAUUCAAGUACCCAGGAAUUGGCAAAGAUGGAUUCACUCCUUAUGGAAUAUGUACGGACAGUCUGAAACAGAUUAUUAUUGUUGAUUCUAGUUCAAGGGGUAUCCAUAUAAUAAAUGAAGAAGGGAAGUUCCUCGGUAUGAUAAAACUUGCCGAAAACUUGAGAGAGCCAAGAGGACUUUGCGUAGACAAGAAGGGAAAUUGCUUUGUAGGAACAUAUGGAUCAAUAUUGAUGUACCAAUAUUUAUCUGAAGGUAAACUAACCACAACAGUAAUAACAGCAUCAGUGAAGUGA